AUGUCCAGGAUCACUAAGCCUGGACAGAAAAAGACCAACGCAAACGCAUCGGAGCUCAAGAAACUUCUAGCAAACCCUACACAGGAAAUUUCCACAGCAAAACCGCCCCCACCAUCAGUGGCGCCUCCUCCAGACGUCAUCUACACCUUUACUGGAUCUACAGCAGGAGCAGGAUCCGGAGAGUUCCAUGUGUAUAAACACGCUAGACACAAGGAGGCCGAGCGACUGAAGUAUAUCAAUGAAGCUGCUCAGAAGGAUACCGAGCGUGACGAGUUUCUGAAACGAAGGGAAGAACAGCAGCAGAAGGAUGCAGAGAAGACCAACAAAAAUCGAGCAAGGAGGCAAAAGCGAAAGCAGGCAAACGCUAAGAAGCCGGUAAAGGCGUCCGAAGAGCCCAAGACUGAUGUAAAGUCCCCUGAGGACUCCACACCUGGUCCUGAGCCUGAGGUGAAAGUUACUGAUGCUGGAGUGGCAAAAGCUGAGCCCAAGGCCGAGCUCGAGAUCAAGUCAGAAGCUAUUGGGGGUCAGGAAGAGCCCGAGUCUCUAUCCGAGGGAAAAAUCAUUGAUGCGGAUGCUGCUUUCUAG